AUGACUUCAGCAAGACUGUCUAGAGGGCAGCUUGCGGCUCUUGUGGUUACAGGAAUAACACUGUUCCUGUUGGGCUUUUUAAUCGGUUACUUCACAAUUCCAAAUGACGAUGCUGACACUACACCCCGUACCAUUGAAGAACUACGUAGAGAUGAAAUGCAGAAGAAAGAACAGUAUCAUUCUAAGCUCUACAAAAGCCUGAACAAGGCGGAAAUAGGCAAAAAUUUAAGGUAUGUCUACUGUCUACAUUUCUUGCAUUAUUGCAUGAACCAAUUUAAUUUUCACUUUUUAAAUCCCCGCUGCGGUAAAAUGAGGCGAGAGUUGAUGAGAGUUUACAUGCAUGGUAAUUUACUCAAUUCUCAUGGCAAGAGUUGCUUAGCCUUUACCAGGACUUAAUUCGAUAUGGUAGUAGUUUCCAGUCGACCGCAUUUUGAGCAUCUGUCAUGGCGAAAUUAUGGUCGCCGAUGACCUGAAAGAACAGUAUUAAAUCUGUAUCUCUCCUGUAUUCUGUAAUGUAUGGUCGCGACGAAAAGGAAGGCGGUCUUUUUAUUUUUCAGCAGUAUUAGCAAACGAUAUGAAGAAUUAUCAAGCCCGGCUUGAUAAUUCUUCAUAUUGUGCGAAAACCAAAUUCAAUAAUUGUUUUAUUAUUACACUGGCCUGUAGGCCAAGUUUCUUAUCUUAAAUCCUUCUUUUUCUGUUUUUGUCGUCGAGAAAUCGAGUUUGCGUUAGCUCAUCGCAGGCUCAGGCUGCAACGAUUAAGCCAAAAUGCCAUCGAUUCCCCUCGGUUCCAUGAUUUAGAUAUUACCGUAACAACCUCGUAUUUAUGUACGUAAUAGCCGGCUCAUGCCAUGCUUGUGGUACAUUUUUCGUUUAUUAGCCCAUACAUAGCCUCCUCCGCAGGCCUCUCUAUGGGUUUUAGCCUGCGAACAAACUUUUUCCCACCACCCGAUUCGUCGGGUGAGAUGCUUGCGGAGGAGGCUAGCCCAUACACUUGUACGCACGCGCACAAUUCCAAACUCCAAGGAUAGAAUGCUCCAGUGACAUAUUCAGUUCAGUUUCAAAAUGGCGGUUUUUCACUGAGCGAUCUAAGGGAGUGGUCAUUAUUUAUGGAGAGGGGGGGUUGGGAAAUGGGAGGGGGGGGGGCAAACGAAGUUUUACCCUUAUAAAUAGGGGGGUCAAACAAGUUUUAACACAGAGAAAGAGGGGUCAUAAAACUUUUUGAACUUAAAUACCAUGUCUAGAGUUCUGAUUUCUAUAAUCACAAAUAGCAAAAAAGAAGACUCUGAAAAUGCUAUUUCCAACGAUCAAAAUUUCCCUGCUCGGCGCCAACCAUGGUCGCCUCGCGAUCAUGGGAGUUGGGCCCACUAAGUUUAACAAGCUUUCUACCCCCUGAGUGACCCAGUUGUGGUAUUUACAUAAACAUACCAUGCAAGUACACUUAACUGAUCAGAUUUGGUCUAUCAACGCACAAUGUAACGCUGUAUAUCCAAAAAUCUGUUUCAGAAAAUGCUCACAUUUCAGUUCUAGGGGUGGAAAAAUACAAACAACCCCAGACCCAAUAACCCCAGACCCUCCUACUAGUACAUACGAUACCACACCAAACUUCUUGUCACCAAUAACCACCUGUCAUCUCUCCACACUCAAUAUAGUAUGGUCCCUUUUUGUAGAUGCCCACCCCCCAGACAAGUUCUUAAAAAAACCCUGUGUUCAAAUAAUUUCGCUGUAUGAAGACGGGUCAUACCGUAUGGUAGGACAAAUGUUGCAUUGCAAAGUAGUAACAGAUAAUAUAUAUUUUUAAUCAUAUAUGGUUGAAUCAUAUUCACCAGGGUAAAACAUCAUGAGCUAGAUUAAACAGAUUGUCCUAAUAUCUAACUUUACCAGCAACGCACACCUGUUUCAUUGCUGUUACAAAGUUUAAGGUUUGACAGUUUGACUUUUUAAAUAACAAGUAUAAAAUAAUAUACGUUGUACACUCGUGUUGUAGACCAGAGGUUGUAGACUAAACACUUGUGUUCAUUUGCACAAUUAUAGAUUUGCACCUAACUACAUUAAUUUGCGCCAAAUUACUUUCCAUUUCAUCAUAUAUUACUAUAAAAAUGUAUUUUUUUAAUUGUAUUCAGCGAUUGUAUUCAUUUUUUUAAUUCUCAAAUUGUUUAUUAGAUGUUUACUGGUUGGGGUUAGGGAAGGGCUUUGGCUUGGGAUCAGUUUAUCUUAUAAAUGGAAGCAAAUUGGCGUGUGUGUUUUUUCAAAAAUCGUCUAUGCAUGUCUAUGAACUUUUUAGCACCUGAAACUAGCCAUAUAAUGGCACUAAAAAUCAAGGACUAUAUAAUUUCUUCGCUAUUAUUGGCCCAUCGUUAUUUACGGUUGAUAGUUGAUGAUCAUAGUGACAGAGGGCCUGGCUUGUCAGAUUGAGUUGCCCGUAGCCGGAGGGUACGAUUGAGCCAGCGUCUUGGUAUAUUAUGGUUGAUAGUUGCUGACAUGAUUGUAUUUAUUGGUUGUAUUUAUAUGGUCCAGACCUCCUGUAUUCCUAUCUACUUCUCUAGUACACAUUACACCCUACCACGAAAGUUGCCAUUUUCAGGCCGGUGUGAACGCCUGAGCAGGCGUCUUGUUUAUUUAAAAAAUUCAAAACAAACGGUCAACCAUUUGUUCGCCCGCGUUAAUCAGCCAAUCAAGAAUUAGGAAAAGUGUUCUUACCUAUUCUAGAAGCUUUUGUUGAUCUUUUUGUAUUUAACGAAUCUUUAUCUUCCAGUAAUUUUUGAAUUUCGGCUUCGCCACGGUUGGCGAACCUUUCAGUGGAAGAAGCCAUUUGUAUUUUAUUUAUAUUAAGAAAAAAACAAUUCCUUAGUCCUUCGGCAGCCGUCGUCAUCGUCAUAUCAAUGGCGUCAGCGAGUCAAUAUGAUUCUCGUCGUCAUAGUAAUAUGGCGCAAACGCGUCGAAAUUUUUUUCAUAUUGACUCUUUGACGUCAUUUUGCUAAUAUGAAUGUGAAAAAUCCAUAUUUGGUUAGCCAUUGAGUUGAUAUGACAAUUUCACAGUUGGCUGUUAGCCAAUCAGAAACCAGGAAUUUUUUAAAUAAAUAAUAAAUGAUAAGCGCUUACUUAGUCUCAAUUAAAGGACGUUUUCCACUUCAAUCGUAUCAAAGUCGAAACAUAUCAUAGUAGUUUUACUCUAGUGCUCAGGCAACAAAGAAAUGCGCUGCGCUUCAGUAUACGAUAUGGUUGAAGUGAAAACGACCAUUAUACUCAAGCAUCUUAAAGGUACAGUACAGUCUGAUCUGCGCAUGUGUACAAAGGAGCCCUCUUUUUAUUUACAAACAGUUUAUUUAGGUUUUUAUUUCAUUUUAUAUGUUCUUGCAAAGCUUGAUUGUUGUCUCUUGAUAAUUUAUUAUACUCUAGAAUCAUGAAAAUAUAAAUAGUUGUCGAAUAAAAUUCAAUAUUUUGGAUACCGAAAUGUAAACAAAGCCUUUGUUUACAUACGUACUGUACCGCAUCUUUAAUAGUAUGAAUAUAAGUCGACACGUGGAUAUAAUAAUUAAAAUAAAAUUGUUCGGAGUAUCCAUUAAGGCCUGAUUCCACGGGCGAUUUUUCUCGGCGAAAUGCGAAAUAUUUCGCCUGUUUCUUUUGAAUCGCGAUCACUCGAAUAAAUUAUUUCUACAUGAUUGUCCACAAUUCAAAAGAAAAGGUGAACUAUUUGAUUCGCAUUACCGCCGAGAAAAAGCACCCGUGGAAUCAGGCCUUUAUUUAGUACUUCAACUAGUAUAAGCUAGGACAUGACGGAAGAAUGAAUAGUAGUCUAUUUCGCCCCUCUACUCCCUUUAUUAGCGAACUUAAGGAAGGCUUAAUCUAGUGCAAGGAUCGACGUGACAAGAAACAGCCUUAAAUUCUACCAAUAUUGGUAUAUUAGAUCUCAUAAAAGUAUUAGAUGUCGUCCUCGAAGCGGCAAAUCACAGAUUAUCACGUCUUGUAUAAACAACGGCUACAUCACAAGCUGAGACAAGUAGACAACGGUUAUUUCAAAUUGAAUCCUAGAACUCUUCUCAACCAUAAAUCAUUGUCUUAACUUCGAUCGUUAGAAGGUAUUAAUUUCAUACGAUGGAUAUAGCUAUAUAUAACAGAUUUACACACGACAUGUUUUUGUUCAACGAGUUCGUUUGCAGUCGUGAUAACGUCCUAUACGCUACUACCUUCCCGACGCCUUCGCUCGAAACGUCGAAGUUUCGCUUAUGUCUUCAGGUAGUUGCAUCAUAUCCUUGACAGCGCAGAAAAAGAAAGAUGGAGAUGAGAAAAAAUUGUUUCCGUAAAAAUACUGUUUAUUUUGCCACAUUGCCGUACUAGAUCGAUUCCGCAAUGUUUAUGUUUGGUAUUAAUAAUUUCUUCACGUACUGUAUGAGCGAAACCAAAGAGUAAAGGCUAAUAUCAGGACUAUCAGGGGAUUAGUAUAGCAGCAUGGGGCUAGCGAACUAUAACCGCUGGACAAGUGUGCUUACUGAUUAAGCUCGAAACGUCGAACUAUUUUAGAAUAUACUACCAACACGUCCACCCUGCGUUUGAGGUAUCAAAUGUCACUGACCAUGGAAGCAUACCUAUAUAGACUAUAUAAUCGAUUUGGUUAAACAAGGUUGAUGCUCUGUGAUAAAAUGAUCAUGAAACUUGGAAAAAUGACUUAGAAAAACGUCUAAAUAAUAAAGUGGUCUAACUUCACCACUUAUACAAUUCUGCAUGGCUGGCCAUUUUAAUGGCUUAUAUUAUUUAAGGUUUAUUUAGGAUUUAAUAAAAACUAUAUAUAAGCAACUGUUCACUUCGCAUUCUACUUCUCAUAUGUAUAUUCAAAAGCCAAUGUAUUACAAAAUAUCUUUAAAAUCCAUGAAGGGGUAUGAAACAGAUUAUAAUCGAACAACAAUUUGUGUUCAAAAGGAUCUGGAAUGGACAAAUCUUUUUUGUUAUGCACUACUCUUUUCAUGUUUGUUCUGAAUAUUGAAUUAUGUUACUAUUUUUAUGUGAUUUUAAAAGGUAUUUUUCUAAGCGACCCCAUGUUCCUGGAACAGCGAGAUCCAGAGAGUUGGCUGAAGAGAUCGCUAAAACUUGGAAGGAUUAUAAUUUCGACAAAGUGGAAAUGCCAAAAUAUAAUGUUCUUCUACCUUAUGUUAAUCCAAAUAUUUCAAAUAAAGUACAAAUUUUGGAUACUGGAAACAACACUGUGCUUGAGUUUUCUGGGAAGGAAAAGGUAUGUUUUCGUUUUGCAGUGAUAAUUGAUAAUUGCCAUCAUUUGCAUUAUUAACAGAAUCAUCAUCACCACGAACUUCACCAUUAUCAUCACCAUCGCCAUUAUCAAAAGUAUCACCAUUAUCAUCACAUGCAGCAUCAACAUCAUCAUCGAUAUUAUCACCAAAAUUUUCACCAUAUUAAUGAUCAAUAUCACCAUUACUACCAUCAUCAUUAUCAUCGUAAUUGUCAUUAUCUCUUUUACCAUUAUUAAAUCAUCACUGUUAUAUUAAACCAUAUAAAAAAGUUUUCGAAAUAUAUUUCGACACAAAUUUAUUGCAUUUUUGUGUAUCAUUCUAUUCGGAUGUCGAAGUUGGCAGAUCCAAGUGAAGACGAUGAGACAAUGAUUCCUCCAUUUCUUGGAUAUUCGAAACAAGGAUCAGCUAGUGGCAAGCUGCUUUAUGUGAACUAUGGGCGCACAGAGGACUUUGAUGUAUUAAAGAAGAACUUUAGCAUUUCAAACUGUAAUGGAUAUAUUGCCAUUAUGAGAUAUGGCAAAAUUUUCCGUGGUGAUAAGGUAUUUAUUUUUUUAUCUUGGGCCGCUUGUUCAAAGAAGUGGUUCAGCCAUCGGUCAAAAUUGCUUACAGUUGCGUCGUUAUGAGAAAACUGUACAUUUGCCCUCUUCUUCAGGUAAAAAAUGCUCGCGAAUGCGGUGCCGUUGGUGCCAUUUUGUAUAACGAUCCCGCAGACUUUGCCCCAGAAGGUCAGGACAAAGUAUACCCUCAAUACAUCUGGUUGCCAAAGACUGGUGUUCAACGGGGAUCUAUUUUUACCAGUCGCGGAGAUCCUAUAACACCUGGACUGCCGUCUAUUGACGGCGUUUACCGAAUAUCUCCCGAUGAUGCCAGUCUUCCAGAAAUCCCAGCAGCGCCCAUGCCGUACGGUGACGCUGUAGAAAUCAUGAAAAUUAUGGAAGGUAAAUCUCGCCUACUGAGACGUCUCGCCUAGUGGGACGAACACUUCCGUGUGUUCAUAUGGAGUUUUUUUAAUUAAUUUAACUGCGUUGUAAUUUCACCUCGGCAAGCUCAGUAGUGAUCAAAUUGAGAUAUAAUUAGCGCUUUGAAAACUUGUACAUUUCAGUCAUGCAUCACAAAUAUUUUAACGAGUUUGGUGUUUUUCAUCUUUUAAUUUAUUUACCAGAAAAAGCAUUGCUUUGGCAACACAUUUAAUACUUGUUUACAAAACAAAGAUAAAACUAAGUAAAUUGUUAAAUUAAACGAUAAAAUCUAAAAUUCGGUUUCUUGACUUCAUCCUGGUACGCGAGCUAAGCUUAGUAUGGAAAAUGCCCAUCCCACUUAUCUAUCUUAUCUAUCUCGCGGGUUACACAGCCGGAAUCUCGCCAAGCAUGCCAGCCCGCUUCCUCAUAUGAACACGAUGUAAAUCUUAAUAGUAAAAUUAGUACAUGGCAAGAUAAUAGGUAGGCUAGGCGGUGACUCGUUAACAAUUAAGCCCUUAGUAAAAUUGGUUAUAAAAUUAUAUUAAAAAACUUCCAUUCAUUUUGUUUACAUGUAGGUCAGGAAGUCCCAGACAGCUGGAAAGGCACACUCGAUAUUACCUACAGACUUGGUAAUGAAGGAUUAAAAGGAAACAACUCCGUUGUGCGAAUUGAAGUCAAUUUUCCUAACACAAAACAAGAUAUUUACAACGUCAUUGGCACCAUAUAUGGCAGGGAAGAACCGGAUCGUUGGGUAUUGAUAGGAAAUCAUAGGGACGCUUGGGGAUUUGGUGCUGUAGAUCCUUCCAGUGGGACAGCGGCCAUGAUGGAAAUUUCACGUGGCUUGAGCAUGUUAUUAAAACAAGGUAAUUGUUCUAGUGUAGCUGCCAUUUUAAAAUAUCAUUCGAGAGCGUUCUCAGUGGUGUAGGAAUUACGAAAUCCAUUAAAUGAACAAUGCUUUUAACUAAGCCACAAAUGAGAGAUUCCAUCAUCCCAGGAACAUGUCUCUGCCCUAUUACUUAUAAAAGUUAGAAAGUAACGAAAUACUGAAAAUAAAAAUAACGAAGUAAAACGUUUCUUCUUAAAACGACCUCGUUCCAAGUAAAAGUACUCCAGGAAAAUUUUACUUUGUUACAUGCUGACUUCUCAAACAUAAUACUCAAGUACAGUAAGGAAGUACAUUUACUUCGUUACCUGACACCACUGAGCGUUCUCUAUUUCCUGUUUCCACAAUUCGUUUUAAAUAGUUGAAAACGAAUGGAUUCUUUACCAUAACGAUUGCGCCAUCCAGUGACGAACAAUGAUUGAUCAGAAUGUGUCAUUGUCUUUUCAAUGUUCCGAAAAUCUCACUGUAAGUGUUCUCUACGCUAUUCAGUUACUUAUAGUUUUGGCAUAUAUUGUCCGUUAGUUGUUCGUCCAUCACUCACCUUGGUCAUACUUCAAGGUAUAUAUUCAUCGAAGUUAACUGUAUAGAACUAAAUAAAUGCUUUUCUAUCGUACAUCCCUAUCAUCAAGAUCUGGGAAACUGUACGGUUUUAAUUAGAGGUUUCUUUUCACAUGCAGUCUCUCUAAUCCCAUAGUUUUAAAUACUCUAAAACACUUAGCUGUAUUUAUAACUUUGACAUGGCUUGUUCCCUGGUUCGAUCGAAACUGUCCUUUGCGAUAGAAUCUAAAUUUUAGUGAUAAUUGUUGUAUUUAAAAUAAUUUUACUUACGUUUGGGCAGGUGCGCUGUAGGAUUCUUCGAGUCCCGUUCCUCGAGGCCUAGGAUCGUAAUUUUGUUAGUUUAGGUUUUAAGUAUAUAGUUAAAUAUUUUUACAUGUUUUCGCUCGCUACUCUGAUUUAAGAAAAUUAUUGCAAAGGGUCGUGAAUGAAAUACACCCUUCCGGAAAGUACGUCACUUUGGCUAUAUAGCCUCGUUUUCGCGUAUGUGACAUAAGUUAAAGCCUCAUCUCAACCACGAAAACAAGGCACUAUAGCCAAGGUGCACAUUAUGUACUUUCCAGGACGGUGUAUUCGACACGGCUUUGCAUUCAUUUAUACUUAAACCAGAGUAGCGAACGAAAGCACAUGCCUUAUGUUUUUGCUUGAUCGUGCAAACUUUACCAUUGUACAUUUCUAUUAAGGCUGGCGUCCCAGGCGUCCCAUUAAGUUCUGUAGUUGGGGAGCAGAAGAACCAGGUUUGAUUGGCUCUAAUGAAUGGGUGGAGGAACACGAACAAGCUUUGUCAACCAAAGGCGUCACUUACAUCAACAUUGAUGCUUCAGUUGCCGGUACUCACAUGCUUAUUUUGCAAGGAUCUCCCCUGUUCGAGACCGUCAUUACACAAACUGUUAAAAAUGUUGAAGAUCCACAUCUCAAUAAGAGCGACGGAAAACGACAGACAGUGUACGAAAGAUUGGUAGAAGUCUCUAAUUCUAGUGAUGGUAGAAUUCCAUUUAGGAGUCUCGGAUCUGGGUCUGAUUAUGCUAGUUUUUAUCAAUUUGUGGGUAAGAACCUUUUGUUUACACAAUCUAUUUUGCAGAUUAUUGACAGUGUUUAUUGAUGCUGUAAAACUGACGCCAUAUAUAGUUAUACAGCAAAAUAGCAUAAUUUUACAGAUAAAGCACUUAGUAGACCAUGCAGUAGGCCAUUCUUAGUAACUACAUGGUAUAGACCCCCUGGCUCAGAUACUUGCCUGUUUGACGAUUUUGAAAAUUUUCUUAGUAGAUGCAUGUGACUUGGAAAACAAAGAAUUAUUACUUAUGGGUGAUCUAAAUUGUGAUAUUAGUGUAAGUUUCCUCCUGAUGCUCACACGCGUAGACUGCAAUUUCUUCCAUGCGUCUACCAGCUUGAGCAGUUAAUUAAUGAACCCACAAGGGUAACGAAAUAUUGUAAAAUCCGGAGUUAUUCAUCUUGGUGUAUCCGAUCACAGUUUGAUUUUUGCAGUUAGAAAAUUGUUUUCUCAAAAAUCUCGACAAACUUUAAAAAUUUCAAUGCUACGGACUUUCUUAAUGACUAUCACAGACGCCAUGGGAAAAUGUGGCACAAUAUGAAAAUCCAAACUCUUGUUGCCAACUAUGGAAAUCUUUUUACUUGCAAAUACUUGACCGACAUGCACCAUUUAGAUGCAUGAGAAUCCGAGGCAACUCACUUCCUUGCAUGGAUUACUUCAAAUAUAAAAAAUCUGAUGAAAGCAAGAGAUUUUCUCAAAAAGAAAGCGGUAAAAUUUAAUUCUCAAACACACUGGGCGAAGUAUAAAGACACUCGCAAUAAAGUUAACUCUGAAUUGUACAAAGCCAAAAAGAGGUAUUUUUGCGACAAAUUUGAGGAUUGUGCUCAGACUAAAGAUCCUAAACAAAGUUGGCACCAUAUUAAUCACCUCUUGGGUAAGAAUUUUAAAUCAAACAACAUUCCCCAAUUACAAAUAGGCGACACUAUUAUUUCUGAUAAUUUAAUGAUAACGGAGGCCUUUAAUGACUUCUUCGUGAGCACUGGGCCAAAACUGUAUGCUGAAAUUUACCAUGAUGCUCUGGACUUGUCAGAAAAUCUCGGUACUAGUCCAGUGACUUUAUUUACUCUGUCUGAAAUAAGCGAAUACGAAGUAUUUCUUUUGUUAAGUAAUCUUAAAACCUCAAAAUCGACAGGCAUGGAUUCUAUCCCCGCAAGGCACUUAAAAUCUCAGCUGAAAUAAUUAGCCCUUCUCUAACGUGGAUUUUCAACCUUUGUAUCAAAACCGGAGUCUACAUAGAUGAUUGGAAGAAGGCUUGGGUUGUACCUAUCUAUAAACAUGAAGAUAGGAAAAUCGCCCAAUAUCAAUCUUACCGAUUAUUAGUAAAACUUUCGAAAGAUCCGUUUUCAAUCAAUUGUAUGAAUUUCUUAACGCUAAUAAUCUACUUUCUAAACAUCAAUUUGGCCCGGGUUUCGCCCAAAAUCUUCUACUCUGGCAUGCAGCACUCAUUCAGAUGUGCGAUGCAUGGUAUGAGAAUAUGGAUAAUGGUGAAUUCAAUGGUGUAGUUUUUAUUGAUAUUCGAAAAGCUUUUGACUCUAUUAAUCAUAAUAUUCUUUUGCGCAAAAUGAAAGAACAAUUUGGGAUUUCAAAUAUUGAAUUAAAACUGUUUGUAUCCUAUCUUUCUGAUAGGGAACAAGUGUCAUUUGUUAAUGGCGCAAUGUCAGCACCAAAAGGAUUGUGUGUGGGGUCCCUCAAGGAUCUAUAUUGGGCCCCUUAUUGUUCUUAUUGUAUAUUAAUGAUUUAUCUGAUUGUCUUGAGAAGUCAACCCCAUGCUUAUAUGCUGACGAUUCACAUGCAGAUAUUUUCAUCUGCGAAAGACUGUGUAGAACUUAAUGCUAAUUUAAAUCAUGAUUUAAACAAUAUUAGUCAAUGGCUGGUCAAAAACAAACUGCAUAGUCAUUCAACAAAAACCAAAUGUACGUCGGAUCAAAUCAUAAUCUUGCUAAAAUUGACAAUGAGUUCCCCGUAAUGAUCAACUGAUUCCCAGAGUCACACACGGGGUAUUUGGGAGUUAAACUUGACGAAACAUUGAAUUGGGACGAACAUAUUGAAAUGGUUUGCAAAAAAGUCGGAGCGGGCAUAGGAAUUUUAAAGCGUAUCAAGACCUAUGUUCCUGCAAACACAUUGAUAUCAAUUUAUAAUGCUCUGAUACAGCCUUACUUCGAUUACUGCUCUCCCCUUUGGGGGUUUUGUAACAAAACACUAAGAGAUAAUUUACAAAAGUUCCAAAAUUGGGCCGCCAGAAUAAUAGCUGGCGCCAGUUAAGAGAUCAGAUCUGCUGACGUUCUUCGAACUCUUGACUGGGAAAAUUUGGAAAUAAGAUGGUACUUAACCAAGGCAACAUUCUUAUAUAAAGUCUUGAGUAAUAGUGCUGCACCAACUCUGAAAGAUUCAUUCAUAAGUAGGAAUAUUUUACUUAACAUGAAUUAUAAUCUUAGAAAUUCUCAAACUGAUCUGACCCUUCCAAAGCCAAACAGAGAAUUUCUCAAAAGAAGCUUUAAAUAUAGCGGUGCUUAUCUUUGGAAUAACCUUCCGCUUGAAGCUAAGCAAGCACAAUCAAUUUAUAUAUUUAAAAGUUGUAUAAAACAAAAUUUUCGAUGUUAAUAACCGAGUCUGGAUUCAGUUAAUUAUAUCUUUAUCUGGGACACACCAUCAUGGAUUACAGUAGCUUUUGAUAAUGUACAUAUAGUAGUAGACUUAUACUUUCAUUCCUUUUUAUAUUCUUUGUAAUAUUUUUUAUAUGGACGUCCCCCGUGGAAAUCAACUUUUGUAGUUGUCGGGGCUAGCGUCGCUAAAUAAAGUGUGUAUGUAUAUGUAUAUACUUUUUAUGUAUAUACUAUUUUACUAUAAGUUUUUUUUCCGCUUGAGAAACGUAUCAGUAUUAAAAAAAUGAAUAUAGUCAUAACCAAGUGGAAAAUAAUAUUUAUUAGUUUUGAGCGCGUGUUACGUAACAUACAAAAGAUUCCUCUCUUAAUAGAGGGGCACAUACAUUACAAAAUUCUGGCUUUAACUGAAUGUUGUUCAAUACCGUGCGUUUAUUAGAGAGCGGGCAUUUGCUCGACCAUUCAUGGUCGUUAAUUUCAGUAACUAUUUCAACCCACGGUAAAAAUGCAUGGAUCGUUUUUAUUCUGGUCAGCAAGAUGAUCAAAAUUUAUAUUCUUUUUAUAGGAGUGCCAUCGUUAGAUAUGUACUACCUCGGUGAGGGCAUCUAUCCAGUUUACCAUAGUGUUCACGACACGUACAAAUGGCUUCAAGGUUUGGUAGACACAAACUUCUCAUAUCAUCUUACGACCACGCAAGUAGCAGCAAGAGCACUGCUGUCGACCGUUGACAGCAUCGUACUGCCACUUGAUGUCCGCCAAUACGCUAAAUCCUUGCGAAAAUCUUUCAAGAAUUUGAAUGAUACAUAUGGCAUGGAACUUCGCCAGAAUAACAUCACCUUACAUUACAUCGAUGCGGCAAUUAUCAGGUAAGGCCAUUGUAUAUUUUUCCUUGACGAUUUUCCCUUUUUAGUAUAUCUUUAAUCUUUAAAAUUCUUUAAGCACUGUAGCCAUUCAGCAUGCUACGCUGAUUUUCAAUGGGCCGUGCACACUAUACAACAUAUAUUAACCUAAUUCUAUAAUACAAAAUAGUGAAGCCUACAUACUGGUCAGCUUCACAAUAUAAUAUAUACUAAUACAUUAAACAACUAAUUAUUCUAAUUAUAGUACAAAACUACUGAUUAUUACUGAUUAACCCAAGGGGACUUAAUCGGUUCUGUAGUGAUUGAUGAGCAUAGAUUUAGCAACAUUUAGUGUGAUAUUGUCGACGUUUUGUCUAAUGUUAUCCGGGAGAUUGUUCCAAGAUUUUGCCGCUCUAUAUGAAACUUUUUUUGAGAAAAUUUGUGUUAGGUUUCUCAAGGGAAAGUUGGCAAAAGUUACUUCUCAAUUUGUACGUUUCGUUUGAACAGAAAUUAAACAUUAUUGUGAGAUAAUUCGGAGAAUUAGCAGUAAGUGCUUUAAAAGUAACAAUAUUUUCCCGAAUAGAUAAGUUUUUAUGGAUUGGCAUCCAAUCAAGUUUUCGAAAUAUUUCAUUGGACCGUACAUCGUAUGAAGCGCCGGUUAUCACACGUGCCGCUUUCUUUUGAAGUUUAGAAAGCUUUGUAGGUUUACUUUAGUAGCCAUCAUUCCAAACAGUGGAACAGUAAUAGAAAUUCGGAAUUACAAAUGCAUUAUACAUUUUAUUAAGGAUAUGUUCAGGCACAAACGAUUUAGCUCUCCUUAAUAAAGCAAUAUUGUUUGAAAUCUUUUUAUUUUGUUCGUCGAUAUGCUUGUUCCAAGUUAGAUGUUCAUUUAAAAUUACAACUAAUAACUUACCUUAAUAACUUGAUUACCAAGUUUAAUUAUGGGGCCCUGCUCAAAUGACGGUACUCGCUGGUGUUAACCUAUUAUUAUAAAUUCAGUUUUCGUUUCGUUUAGUGUAAGUUUAUUUGCAAUGAGCCAUUCGUUAACAUUCAAGUUAUUUCAAACGAUCAUGGUUAAGUUUUGAUUCAAUUUCAUCUACGGUUGGAGCACUGAUGGAAAGAGUUGUAUCGUCUGCAAAUAAUCUAGCCUUAGUAGUUUGGAGACAUCUGGGCAAGUCGUUAAUAUAUAGAGAAACAAAAACGGCCCAAGGUUGGAUCCCUUUGGAACUCCACACUUAAGUUCGAUUACAUCCGAUUGCUUACCAUUAAUAGAGCAAAUCUGUUUCCUGUUACUAUUGUAUAUUGUAUCUAAUAUAUUGUAUCUUAGUGAAAACGAUUAUAUUAAUCUUAGUUCUAAGGACUUACACAAUUCACGUCGGUGUCUUCACUAAACCAUGACGAGGCCAUGUUUACAAUUAUGAGCGCGAAAACGCAAGCCAUGCAGUCAAAACGCUAAGACGUUAAGUUUCCACUCAACAAUUCACACGUGAAAAAUAUCGUCCGCCUUGAGCGUACGAUUUUUAUUCCACCUAUUUACUACAGGGAAAUCUCUACACUUAUAUACAAUAAAUUAUACUAGAAACACAUAAUAACCUCAUGCUUUUCUAAUAACCAAACAAUUAUAUUUCCCAAACAUUGUUUCAACGCUGGCUCGUAUUUAGUGGUAAUUAUCAUUUUCUUUUUUACAUUUUUGUGCAGAAUUGCAAAAAUAAUUUUAAAAAUUAGUACUUUUAAUUUCAGAAAUAUAAAGCUUUGAUUUAAUUUAUAAAAUUAAUACCCUCGCCGCAGGCUAUCGAUUGGACAGUGCAGACUUGCCGUUGGGUCUUUUUAACAAUAUCAAACAGAUCAAUUUGUUUUCUUCAUGCAUUUGCAGAUUCAAUAACGCAUCUGUGAAAUUCCAUGAAGAGAUAGACAAAGCCAUCAAACGUAAGAACGAGAUUGAAGUCCGUGAUCUAAAUGACAGGAUGGUGAACGUAGAAAAAUCCUUCAUUUACAGUCUUGGUCUUCCAAAUCAAAAGUUCAACCGUCACGUUAUUUUUGCGCCACCUUUCAACAACAAUUAUGCCAGUGCUCAUUUCCCUGGGAUCUCUGAUCUCAUGUUUCCGAGCAAUAAGACUGAGAAAGACUGGGGGGAAAUACGAAGACACAUUUCCAUUGUAUUCAAAUCAAUCAUGUCUGCAGCAGAGACGCUAAAUGAAGACGCAAAGUAA